UGGGUUUAGAUGAACUGGGCUGGGCUGGGCUGGGCUGUCCCUGGAGCUUCUCCACCCUCUCCCUCCCACCUCCCCCAGGUGAAAUCCGUCAGCCACGACCUGGAGCAGCUGAGCCGGCUGCUGCACCUGGCUCGGAGCCUGCUGCAGAACCCCUUCCUGUGCCUGGGCUCCUACGUGGGCAGCCUGAUGGGCUCGGUGCUCUACUGCGUGCUGGAGCCGCUGGCCGCCUCCAUCAACCCCCUCAACGACCACUGGACCCUGCGGGAUUACGCUGCCAUGCUGCUGGGCCGCAUCUUCUGGAGCCACGGGGAGUUGGUGAGGGGGCUCUACCAGCAGAUCCUGCUCUCGCUCCAGAAGGUUCUGGCGGAUCCCGUGCGGCCGCUCUGCUCCCACUACGGGGCCGUGGUGGGGCUGCACGCGCUGGGAUGGAAGGUUUGGGGGGCUACAGGGGGACCUUGA